CCCCACCCCUCAAGCUAGGCUGAGCUGUGCCUACGUCGGCCUCGACUCCCGGGGGCUGGAGGAGUUACCUUUGGAGCCCGAAAGGAGGAAGGAAGCAAAAUAUCAACAACAGCCGAGGCGGCUCGGGCGCUCGGCCCCGGUCCCCCGCUUGCUCGCCGCCCGCCUGCUGGCCCCCGCUCCUACGACGGGGGCCCAGGCCCCCCGGCGCCGCCCAGGGCCCGCGCGGACGCCCGCCUCAUUUAUUAUUCCUCCCGUCCGGAGCUGCGGCUUCCCGGUGUUGAAGAUCCCCCGGACAAGGGGCAAAGGCUACCCCCUUCCUGCCCUAACACCCCCUUUCCCCCAGCUGGGCUGGAGGCUGUGCAGAAGGUGUCUUGCAGACCAUGAACUGAGCGCUGAUCCCAGACCGUUCAUGAGCACAGUGUAAGGUGUGCCGAGACCCACAACCCAGCAAGCCCCUCCCCUCCCUAGCACUGAGGACCCCCGGAGAAGAUGGGGAGGAAAAAGAUUCAGAUCCAGCGAAUCACCGAUGAGCGGAACCGACAGGUGACGUUCACCAAGCGGAAGUUUGGGCUGAUGAAGAAGGCCUAUGAGCUGAGUGUGCUGUGCGACUGCGAGAUCGCGCUCAUCAUCUUCAACCACUCCAACAAGCUGUUCCAGUACGCCAGCACCGACAUGGACAAGGUGCUGCUCAAGUACACGGAGUACAACGAGCCGCACGAGAGCCGCACCAAUGCCGACAUCAUCGAGACCCUGAGGAAGAAGGGCUUCAACGGCUGCGACAGCCCAGAGCCCGACGGGGAGGACUCGCUGGAACAGAGCCCCCUGCUGGAGGACAAGUACCGGCGCGCCAGCGAGGAGCUGGACGGGCUCUUCCGGCGCUACGGGUCAGCUGUCCCGGCCCCCAACUUUGCCAUGCCUGUCACGGUGCCCGUGUCCAAUCAGAGCUCACUGCAGUUCAGCAAUCCCAGCGGCUCCCUGGUCACCCCUUCCCUGGUGACAUCAUCCCUCACGGACCCGCGGCUCCUGUCCCCCCAGCAGCCAGCACUACAGAGGAAUAGUGUGUCGCCCGGCCUGCCCCAGCGGCCAGCUAGUGCGGGGGCCAUGCUGGGGGGAGACCUGAACAGUGCUAAUGGAGCCUGCCCCAGCCCUGUUGGGAAUGGCUACGUCAGUGCUCGGGCUUCCCCUGGCCUCCUCCCUGUGGCCAAUGGCAACAGCCUAAACAAAGUCAUCCCUGCCAAGUCUCCGCCCCCACCUACCCAUAGCACCCAGCUUGGAGCCCCCAGCCGCAAGCCUGACCUGCGAGUCAUCACUUCCCAGGGAGGAAAGGGGUUAAUGCAUCACUUGACUGAGGACCAUUUAGAUCUGAAUAAUGCCCAGCGCCUUGGGGUCUCCCAGUCUACCCACUCGCUCACCACCCCAGUGGUUUCCGUGGCAACGCCGAGUUUACUCAGCCAGGGCCUCCCCUUCUCUUCCAUGCCCACUGCCUACAACACAGAUUACCAGUUGACCAGCGCAGAGCUCUCCUCCUUACCAGCCUUCAGUUCGCCUGGGGGGCUGUCGCUAGGCAACGUCGCCGCCUGGCAGCAGCCACAACAGCCCCAGCAGCCGCAGCAGCCACAGCCGCAGCCACAGCCGCAGCCACAGCAGCCACAGCCACAGCAGCCUCAGCAGCCGCAGCAGCCACCUCAGCAGCAGUCCCACCUGGUCCCCGUGUCUCUUAGCAACCUCAUCCCGGGCAGUCCCCUGCCCCACGUGGGUGCCGCCCUCACGGUCACCACCCACCCCCACAUCAGCAUCAAGUCAGAACCGGUGUCCCCAAGCCGUGAGCGCAGCCCUGCGCCACCCCCUCCAGCUGUGUUCCCGGCUGCCCGCCCUGAGCCUGGCGAUGGUCUCAGCAGCCCAGCCGGGGGAUCCUAUGAGACGGGGGACCGGGAUGACGGACGGGGGGACUUCGGGCCAACACUGGGCCUGCUGCGCCCAGCCUCAGAGCCUGAGGCUGAGGGCUCAGCUGUGAAGAGGAUGCGGCUCGAUACCUGGACAUUAAAGUGACGGUUCCCACUCCCCUACUCCCAGCCUCCCCGAUGAAGAGUUGACAAUCUCACCGCCCACCCCCUGUCCUGGGCUCCUCCCGCUCGACCCCCUCUUCCUUUCUUGUGCUCCGUGUCCUGUUGACAGUUACAUUUGUGUAUAAUUAUUAUUAUAUUAUUAUUAUUAUUAUAUUUUUUUUAAUUUGGAUUCUCGCUUUGGAGAGGAGGAUGCUCUCAUCCCCUCUUUCUACACCUCCCACCAUUUUCAUUGGCUGGGAGGGCUCUCUUUUUUGCGGGAAGGGGGGGACACUUUGCACGUUGUACACAUAUGCUGCAGGAAGGGGGUGGGGGGCCCGAUAGGCCUUUGGGAAAGGACAGGUGCCGAGCCCUGCAUGUGGAGCCCUCCCACCCCUCCUCCAGAUAGAGGGAAAUAACCAAAAAGACUACCAAACAACAAAAAACCCAUACAAUAGACUGAAACCCCAAAGUUGGCUUGAUGGGUGGGUUUGUGUUUCAAGGGGAAAGUGAGGCAGAGGUUCCGAAAAGUCCCUCUGCUUCCGGGCUGCUCAUGAGGCCAUACACACAUGGGGCAGAAUACCCAAGCCUGGCCCCAGAUGCCCCUGCACACACGUGCGACACACCCUCACUGACUCGCGUGUGCUGCACCUGCAGGAUGUGUGGGUGCUGGCGGAGCUUUGGGCCGGGAAGGCUGCCUGGGAAUCCGAGGACGGGGCAGGGGUUUGAGGUGGGAGCCUCUCUUGGAAGCACAUUUGGAGAGAAAGACAGAGAGCCAUGAGAAGAGGGCUGAGGAGGGCAGAAGGGCUGGGCAAGGGGCAGAUUGGGGCCCCUCCCUUCCCCGGCUUUUUCUCUAAGAUAUACAGUGCAAUAGCUCCCAUCCCUCACUCGACGCCAGCCCAGGGCUGGCCAGUGUGCAGGGAGAAUGGGGAGAGGGACUUGAGCGAGGUGGCUCGGGGCAAGAGUCGGCCUGGGGCUUCCCUGGGUGCCCAAAGGCCAGAGCCCUUUCAUCAGGGCAAGUGUGGUGAGGGGACGUCCUGGGCCUUGCACGCACACUACCCAGAGGAGUGGACACUGGGAUGGUUCGUGGCUGCGGGAGGUCCCUGUGGAUGAGGUCCGUAGAGGCCCCUCUCCCCGGCCCCUCCGGUUAGCUCCUUCUGCACCUCGCCCCACCUUCCUGCUCUUGGCACCCCAAUGUCUCUUGCUACCUCCUUGUCCCGCCACCUCUAGGCUGCAUCCCACCUUCCCUCUUGGCUACUGUAAUUGUAAAUAGCGACCUUUGGAAAACGUUAGCCGUGUAACAGUCCAGGAAACUGUUUUUUUUUGUUGUUGUUGUAUUGAUAUGAAAUGAGAUUCUAUUUUUGUCAAAGUAUAUUGUAAUAAUAAUGACUCAAACGGCCCGUACUGUACAGACGAGAUUCUUCUGCUGUUGUUUUUGCUCCCUUUCCCCUCCCCUGAGCCUGCCCCUCUCUGCUGCCUCCUCAGGGGGGCAGUGGGCAAGGGGCUCAGGGGUAGCCGAAGCUCGGGGUCCCGAGGCCUCAGGCUGGAUCAGAGAUCAAACUGGAGGGGACAGACACCCAGCCUGCUCUCCCCCACUGCACCCUGCCCCGAGGAGCCUGGCCUGGGUGACAUGGGCAGGCAGACAGGGGUCUGCCCCACUCCUCACACAAGCCCAGCUCCUCUGCCCAAGGGGUGCAGCGCUCCCUUGGGGUUUCCUCUCACUCGGACAGUAGAGUCAGACAAGGCCGAGUUUUAUGGCAGAUGACCAUCUUUGCCCGCCUCUAUGACCCAGCCUCUUGCAGUAUUCCAACACUUGACGCAGGGAAGGAACCAGAAGCAGAGGGGUGUGCGUGACCACACAUGUACUGAGUGUGUUCCUGAGGGCAUCCGGUGUUUUAUAUGUCUGAGUGUACCCUUGUAUUUAUGUGUGUAUGUACGGGUGCAUGGCUGUACCUUUGUGUGUCUCUGAGCCUGUCUGGGUGUGUUUGUGAAUCUGUGUGAUUGGAGCUCUAGGGGCAUCUCUGUGUUGUGUGGCUGGUGUGUGUUUACAAAGGGGCAGGUGGCUGUUCCAGCUCCACAGCCCUGGCUUCCAGCUCUCUGACCCUUCCUCCCUCCUUCCCUGCUUUCACCCUCUGACAUGUUCAAAAUGCAGUUAGGGGACUGGCAGUUGGCCCUCUUUGCGUCUCCCCAUAGCCCUACCUCUGCCAGGGCCUCCCUCCAUGACCCUUUGCUUCCCCACAGUUGUCCACGUAGUCCCCCACACCGUGACACAGUUCCUGGAGUGCCCUUUGCCCUCACCCCAGGCCUGCUUUCAGAGCAAAACUCAAGUUCCUCUUCCUCCCUGAAGCUUUUUCCUCAACUGAGCAGGGAUCCUUCCUUACUCACAGCUUACCCCGACCUGCUGACCAGGCGGGGACACGGCACAUCCAGCCUUCCCACCUCUCCUGCAGGUUCCUGGAGGGAGUUUCAAGAACUGAUGAGACUUAAUCAGGGGCUUGAAAGAAGCCAGGGUGCAGUCUGGUGCACGUGUGCAGAGCCUUGCCCAGUGCCUGACGCACAGUAGGCGCUCAAUAAAUGUUGAAUGGGUGAAUGGUUGAAUGAUAGGUGCUCAAUAAACGUGGAAAGACUGGCCUUCCCUUCUCAGGCUCUUCCCACUAUUAGUCUACCCACUUUCUAGGCCGGGCUUGGCCACCAUUAAGCAUGGGGUGGGGGUCAGGGCCCCUGCAGUUCACGGUGCAAUAUUCACCAGUUUUGCCCUCUGCCUCGUAAGGCAAACCUGGCUUUUGAUUACCAUGUGUGGAUGUGUCUGUGUCCUUUCCUCUCUGUCCUUGGGGACGGGGUGGUCCGUGAAUGAAUAUGUGACAUUUCUGCAAUUCAGUAUCCUAAGGUUUCUCUUGGCGGAAGGGGCUCCUGGCUGGCCAGAUGAAUGGGUCCCUGGGAACCCAGACCUCAAAUGGGGACUUAAUUUCUUCUUCCUCUCACAAGCCAAAUUUGCCUCCACCCACUCACUCCCUCUGAAGAACUGGGCAUUUGCCAAAGUAACCACUGGAGUCAUCCAAUGCUCCUCCCCUCCCCAGGUUUCCCACAGCUUUCAGGGACAGUGGGCAAGAGGACCCCACCUCAACAGAACACACCAUCCCCCCCAAUAGUGUACUCAAUGCAGCGAGACUGACCCUUGACCCCCACUUAACCCUCCCCACCUUGGACAGGAAGGAAGUAAUGCACCUUCUCUUGCUGAUUAUUUAUUUGUUUGGAGAGACAAAAAUGAUGUAAAAGUGUAUCUAGAAAUAUCUAUAUCUCUAUAUAUUUUUAACUGACUCUUUGGAAUCCCCUGGGGUGGGGUGAGGGUAAAUUUAGGCUUUCAUGGAGGGGAGGAGACAUGGAGCUUGGGAACUCCUUGUCCUCCCCUCUGCUGCCUCUCCCCGCCCCCUAAAGCAGUUGGUAGUAGGAAUGGGAUUUGUAUGGGGGGAGGGGGGCUGGAAUGUUACACGGAGAAUCUGGAUUCUCUCCUCUUCCCCAUUCAAGUCCCAGGCGGAGGGAGGGGGGUGAGGAAGAGGAAGAGAGGGGCGGGACAGGCCAUGGAGGUGCCCCACCCCAAAACCCGACAAUCACCCACACUCCUGGGGCUCCUCCUGGGUCCUGGGGCAGGGCGAGUCCAAGUGUGUGGCUGUUGAUUUGUUUUCAAUAUUUCUUUUCGUGCUGUAUGGUGAUGCUUUCUUAGUAUUCUACACAAUAAGAAAAGACAAAGUCCUCGAGAUUCUUAUGAGUUUUGUUUGAAAACUCUUUCACUAUAUUUGUUGUAAAGAGGUUUACUAUUAAAAGAAAAAGAAUACACGUUUCUGAUA